AUGGACUUGAGAAACCUAUCUGGUACACCUAAUCAACUAGAUUCGGUUAUGCAACGCAGACCCUCCCUUUCGUCGUUGUCUUCAACAUCAGGCUACACUUCUUCUAGCUACGCUGGUGGCGCUGCUCCUACUGCUGGGGGCCAAUCAUCGUCAAAUGUUGCUGGCGUGAAUCCAAUGCAGCAAGGCCAGUCUCUGGAAAGUCACACGCCUCAAAUGGCGCUGCUCAAACUUAGUGGCGACGCUACAGGUAACAGAUUGUACUCUGGCGUCCUGAGCAACUCGUCAAGCACAAAUUUGGCCGCCGCUGCAUCGAACAUGCCCACUUCUCAAGUUGCUAGCAACGUGUUCCCUUGGGUCGAGCAACAGAAACAGCAACAGCUGUUGGGAGUGAACAGUUUGGACAACGGCAAGAAAUCUUCUUCCCAAAAGCUGGCGUCUUUGCCCGAGCCAGACGCUUCGUCACCCAAUAUUGCCCCUGCGGUGAGCACCUCAGCAAAUGUCUCGACCUCAAUGGAAGAUGACGACGAUGAGUUGAUCCCAACUGCUAUUGUUAUUAAGAACAUUCCUUUUGCCAUCAAAAAGGAGCAGUUGUUGGACGUGAUGACGAAACUCAACUUGCCCUUGCCUUAUGCAUUCAACUACCAUUUUGACAACGGUGUAUUCCGUGGGUUGGCGUUCGCCAACUUUACUUCCACCGACGAAACAUCGAUGGUGGUAAACCAGUUGAAUGGUCGCGAGAUUGGUGGCAGAAAGUUGCGUGUCGAAUACAAGAAGAUGUUGCCUGCGCAAGAAAGAGAGAGAAUCGAGAGGGAAAAGAGGGAAAAGAGGGGCCAGUUGGAAGAGCAGCAUCGCUCAACAUCCAACGCAUCGUUGGCAUCACUCAUCAGCGCUGCCUCAACCACUGCUGCAACCAAAAACCUUAGCGUGAACGGUGCUCAAUACAACUCCCAGACAGAGCGUUUGUUGAUGCAAUUCCCACAGGCAAACUUGAACAUGCCUCCACCUCCAGUUGAGCUUAACUUCAACGACCCAGAAGUUCUUGAGUUGUAUUCUCAGUUGCUCACAUACAGAGAUGACAAUUCGAAGCUCAUUUUCGAGUUGGCCUUCCCUGCCAACAUCUCAUUGCCUCACCGCAAGAUUCUCUAUCUUUUGUGCUCCUACUUGAACUUAUUGGAGCUUUACGACAAUGGAUUGAUUAUUAUUCGCAGAAAGCCAGGCCAGCAGACUAUUCAGCAACGCCAACAGCAGAGCGCCAGCUUCAACCCUCACCUUCACCAUCAGCAGUCACUGAGCGAAGCUCCAGUCUUGACAACACCUCAACACACUGCACAGUCACAGCAACUGCUGCAAGCUGGACAGCUGGUCAAUGGUGGAGGUGCGACCCCUCAUCAUUCUACCUCGAUGAUGAAUAUCAAUCAAAUGCCUGCGUUGCUUGGGGGAUAUUCGGGUAAUUUACAAACACCAAACCCACAUGCACCUGAAUUGUUGAGAUCGCAGUCCCAAUCUGCUUUGCCGUUAAACAGACUUAGACAGCUGAGCUCUACACCUGUUCAGCAACAGUACACUCAAUACCCAAGUGGAGCAGCGCCCGGCCUUAAGAAUGCAUCGGGAUCGCAAGCUGCCAAUGCCAAGUACCAAUCAUUCUCCGGUUACGGCAGUGGUGGGGCCGGGCAGAACCAGGUGUCUCAACUCAGUACGCCUAGUUCCAGCAGCGCCGCUGCAUUGUUGAGAUCUUCGAACAACAGAUCAUUUGUGGAUGUGAGAAGCACCCCUCCAUUGGCAGCAGGAGGCGGCCCAUCUCAAUCGGACUCUCCUACACCCAAGCACCCUUCUACCCAUGCGACUCACAUGUACCAGGGCCCAGGCGGAGCGCCUAAUUUUUUCAAUCAGGGUGCCCCAAUCAGCCAGCCUGGCACCCCAUUGGGCAAUGCAGACUUGAAUAACCGGUUUGCGCCUUUUGGACAGCGCGCACAUCUCAACGGUAGCUUCAGCUCGUUGCAACCUGGGUCAGCCAACAGCGAGGAGUUCUCGUUGGGCGGCGAAAUGUCGAGCAAGUUGAACGGGUUGAACUUGGGCAGCGGGUACGAGCAAGGCAAAAGCGGCAGCAGUGGAAUCUGGGGCCCCAAGAAGUAG